AUGAACAUCCGCUAUGGCGAGGGCAAGGAACGCAGGCGGGAACGUCUGUUACAUAAAGUUCGGAAAGUCCAAGGAACAGCAGCACCUGGCGAGUACUCCCUCCCUCUCCAUCUGAAGGGUGUCCCUGCGACGGACUACUUCGUAGCUCGCAAACAGGACAUGCAGCAUUUGGCAGACUUCUUCGCCUCUCCCUCGCAAUCGCCUGAGCGGCAGCAGCGGGUCUUCAUAGUGCAUGGCCUGGGUGGUAUGGGCAAGACACAGCUGUGUGCAGAGUUCGUCAAGACGCACGCAGACUGGUCCAGUGCGGUGCUCUGGCUGGAUGGUCCCUCGAAGGACUCACUGACUGACCCGACCAGUGGAGUCCAGCUAUCAUCGAAUUCGGCAGCCGUACAGGUCUAUCUACAAGCUUUCAAAGCCUACGAGGAGACAUAUCCCAACAUGCGCAUCGAGAUCUGGCGUGCAAAUUAUGUGCUGCCGGGGGGCAAAGUUUCUGCCAACUUUGCCGUGAAAGUUCGUCCCUCCGCAGACUCGCAACCCUGCGCGAAUGACUUCACUGAGGCUUCUCACUGGCUGGGGUCGGUAGCGGUAAAUCCGGGCUCACCAAUCAUUGAUAUCAUCGGGGACGAGCUCGAAUUUGACAUCACCGACUGGGGUGGCAAUGUGGUCCAGCGCGGCUGCAGCUUCGUCGGUACCGGCAUUUACAAGCCUCUCGCAACAGUGGCACAAGAACUCGCAGGCAACCUCACGUGCAGUGGCGGCUAUACCGUCUCGUGCGGUCGACCGUCGUAUAACUACGCCACCACUUGUGGAAGUGCGGACGUAAAGACAUGCGGAGAUGUGGGUAAGAAUUGCAACCCGUACUUCCAACUCCUAGCUGAAUGCCGGUACUAA